CGCUCUGCGCCCGGGAAGCUGCGCGCACCAUGGAGCCGGUGUCUCUGCAGGACUUCGCGCGCGCCCUGGACCCCGCGUCCCUCCCGCGCGUGCUGCGGGUCUGCUCCGGGGUGUACUUCGGCGGUUCCAUCUAUGAGAUCUCUGGGAAUGAGUGCUGCCUCUCCACGGGGGACCUGAUCAAGGUCACUGAGGUUCGCCUCGAGAAGGUCGUCUGUGAGAACCCAGGGACAGGCCAGACCAUGGAGCUCGCCCCCAACUUCCAGGGCAACUUCAUCCCGCUCACCGGCUCCCAGAGCUACAGAACCCUGGGGGAACUGGUCUCUGCUGUGACCCAGAGUGCCAAGAAGCUCCCCACUUACUUCAUGUCCACCCGCAGCAUCACCACCGAGGCCAGGGUGCUGCCCAGCGACCAGCCUCUGGCACUUGAGGCUGUGAACUUCAAGGCCCACUAUGCCCGCUGUGUGUUAGACAUGGGGAAUCAGCGAGUCACCCUGAAGCUGCCCCUGUCUCAGAAGGGGUGUUUCUGGGAAUGGGAGCCUGGAACCCCUCAGACCCUGCUCCAGGCCCUGCAGAAUGUGGACCUGAAAGACGUCCUCCUCACCUGUCCUACUCUGCCCUGGAACUCCCUGGCCCUGAAACCCCAGUAUGAGAUCGAAGCCAUCAUGCACAUGCGCAAGACCGUGGUCAAGAUCCCCUCCACCUUGGAGGUUGAUGUGGAAGACGUCACCGCCUCCUCUCAGGACAUCCACUUCAUUAAACCCCUGAUGCUCAGCGAGGUCCUGGCCCGGGGAGGCCCCUUUCCUCUGCCCACGGAGAUCCUGGAAGUCCCAGAGGGACCACCCAUCUUCCUCAGUCCAUGGGUGAGCUCCUUGCAGAAAGGCCAGAGGCUCUAUAUUUAUGGCCCAGCCUCACCAUCCUGGCGAGUCCUGGCCUCCACCAAGGGCCGGAAGAUACCCAGGCACUUCAUGAUCUCUGGGGCCUACCGAGGAAAGCUGAAACGGCGCCCAAGGGAGUUCCCUACAGCCUAUGACCUCCUGGGUGCUCUCCAGCCAGGCCGGCCACUCCGCGUGGUGGCCACAAAGGACUGUGAGGGAGAAGGAGUGGAGAACUCUGAGUUAAUUUCCUUGGCUGUGGGCGACAGGCUGGAGGUGCUGGGGACUAGCCUGACCUAUGGGGCUCAAAGCAAGGAGGUAGAAGUCUUGGUGUGCCAGAGGCUGAGUGACCAGGCUGGGGAGGAAGAGGAGGAAGAAUAUGAAGAGUUGGAGGACCAGGAGCGGAUUCUGUUACCCCUCUACUUCUUUGGUAGCUUUGUGGAAGAGAUGAGUGAUGGUCGGCGCUACAGCCUGGCAGAUCUGACUUCCCAGUUCACACUACCCUGCGAGGUCAAGGUGGUGGCCAAGGACACCAGCCACCCUGCUGACCCUCUGCCCUCCUUCCUGGGCCUGCGUCUGGAGGAGAAGAUCACAGAACCCUUCCUGGUGGUCAGCUUGGACUCUGAGCCUGGAGUGUGUUUUGAGAUCCCUCCCCGAUGGCUGGACCUGACUGUGGUGGAGACUGAGGGGCAGCUAUGCCAGCCGGUGGGGUCUCUCCCCACAGCCACAGUGGAAGAGCUGACAGACUCCUUCUACUAUCGCCUUCGGAAGUUACCUGCUGUUGUGAGCCAGGCCCCACCGCCCAGGCCCCCGAAGAGUUGGGACCUCAGUAAACAGAAGAAAGAGAGCAGCAAGACCAGAGAAGUCCAGUUUUCUCAAGUCUUGGAACCACAGCAACUCCCACUGCUGCCCAAACCCAAGAAGAACUCCCUGGAGGUUGCUAAGAACACCUUGCUGGAGGUGUCCAAAGACACCUCAAAUAUGUACAGCAAGAUUCCUGCCCACAAAAAGGGCCUUUGGCCCACUAAGCCCAUCAUACAGGAUCCAGAUAUGGAUGACCAUGAUUAUGAAGAAAUAUCUGAGCAUUUACAGAAAACCCUCUAAGUGCUGGAGGAGUCAUGCUUAACUGCCUCUUCUUAGGCCAUGCGAGAUACCAGCCAGCCGUUACAAGCCUCUUGAGACCCUGGACAAGGUCUCACAGAUAUCAAGCUGCAGACGAGUUUUGGUAUCCAGAGGAGCUAACUGAAUUCUACGCAAUCCUGCAGUUCCCAUGGAUUGGUAUAGGAGGCAAAGAGAAUGCCCAUCUUGGUGAUGGCAAGUUCCUCCUGCCUCUUGGCAAAGGGAGUUGAUCUUAAUCAGUGAGCCAAGAACUUUGUUACCCAGUUGUCUACCCUCCCCCACACUCCCCCACUAUUCCUUUAUAAAACUCUCACACCUCUCAGACCAGAACUGUCUUCUAUAGCUCUGUGGCACCUAGCACAUGAUAGUUGUAGUGACUAAGACUUCAUUCUGAAACCAAAGAAUAAAAAUAACAU